AUGGAGGAUCUGUUAGCCGCGGCCGGCGAUGCGGGCCCGUGGAAUCCAGCGUCGAAACUGGAUGAUAAUAUUGCGACGACCUCAAUGGGGACCGAAGGUCAGGGAGGCUUGGCGGAUUUGAUUGCGGCCGACGAUGUGAACCAGCAGGCUGCCCCUGCUCCCUCCGCGCCGUCUGCCAUGGAGGGAGCUGCCGAUAGCGCUUCAAGCGACCCACCACACGCGGCGAACGUGAGCCAACCACUCGAGACGAAGGAGGUUUUGCGGGAGGAUGAUGCAUCAGCUGCGGCGGACACAACGCAGGCGCUGGACACUGCUGGAAUCAAUACAGAAGUCCCAAAUCAGACGAAUGCAGGACCUCAGAAUGAUCCCUGGGGCUUCGAGGAAGCCGCAGAACCCGCCACGGACAUGGCCACGCAGGAGAUUCAAUCUGAGCAGCCUCAGCCAGAUCCGCAGCAUGGUGAUGAUCCUUGGGGCUUCGAAGAAACCGCGGGACCUGUGUCUGGCUUGGCUGAGCAGCAGACCCAACCCGAACAACCACAUCCGGACACAGAGGGUGGCCAUGACCCUUGGGGCUUCGAAGAACAUCAGCAAUCCGUUCCUGAACGAGAGACUCACCCCGCGCAGCCUCAGCCAGGACCGACCCCUGAGACCCAGCCAUCGUCUGAUCUGAGCCUCGAGACUGAAGGUCAACCAGAAGCAACCCACGAGACCGAAGGCGAGCCAAUUCUUGAAUCGAUCCCUGUUCCUCAAGCUCAACCUGAACCGACCUUCGAGACCCAAGCCCAGCCUGAACCUAUUCAUUCGACUCAAGCUCAACCUGAACCAACCCCUGAAGCCCAAGUUCAGUCUGAACAGAUCCCUGUCCCUCAAGCUCAACCUGAACCAGCCCUCGAGGCCCAAGUCCAGUCUGAACCGAUCACUGAGAUUCAAGCUCCACCGGAGCCGAUUCCGGAGACUCGGCCUCAGUCUCACCAGGUCCCCGAGCCUGAAGCUCAACCAGAAGCGAUCCCAGAGACCCAAUAUCAAUAUCAGGCCGCGCCGAUUCCCGAGACUCAAGUUCAGCCUGACCCAAUUUCCGACGUCCAGCCUCAGUCUGAUUCGACCCACGAGCCCCUGACGGCCGAAGCCCACCAAGGCGAUAGUGUUGACGAGCCGGCCUCUCAAGUGACUACUCAUGAGACAAAUCAGGAAGACACCAGCGCCGAGUUUCCGAGCGUGGAGAUAGCUGCACAUGGGCAGGACCCAUGGCGAAGCGAACCGGACGGUGAAGUGGAAUCGGAGGGGGGCGAGUUCUUCAACCAACUCAAUACUCAAACAAAACCCAUUUUUGCACCUGAGGAAUCCGAAUCCAGGUUCGAGGAAGGGGUCCCAUUGUUAGACGAAGCGGAUUCUCGUUCGUCGGUUCGCACCACGCAAACCGAAAAACCCGUGGAUAACUUCUUUGCCAAUGACGAAGAGGAGGCAGAUGGAUUCUUCAGCUCUGUUCAGAAUACGGAAACAAAACAGGAGCCCGCCCCUCACCUCACUCGCAAAACCACUGGCCAGGUAGUGGACUCCCUUGGCGUUGGCCUAGACUCUCCAGCUAGCGAGGCUUCGGCAGCUGCUCAGCUUGAUGCCAUCCUCAACGGUGCGGCAUCUGAACCUCAUGCACCCGAGCCCGAGACAGCAAAUGAACCGACUGAGGAGGAGUUGGCUGCGCGGUGGAAAGCGGAGCUGGAUGAUGAAGAUUUGGAUGAAACCCCGGAGGACGAUAUUGCUGCACGAUGGGAGGCUGCGUUGGAUGACGAUGAUGAUAUGUUGUUGGAGGAUGAGGUUGCUGAACCUUCUGCUGCCGGACAAGAACCUGCUAUUCAGGACCUGGGUAUGUCUAAGGAUCCGACAGGCCUGAACAGUCCGUUCGAAAGCCCCCAAAGUCACACUCAGCCCAGACCAGCUCCCAGUAUGUACACGCCACACCAGCCUUCCACUGCAGAUCUGCUUCAAGGGCCCUCUAUGCCAGCCGCUGCACCUCCUGUCGCCGCUGUGCCGUCAUAUUUUCAACAACAGCAGCCUCCGAAUCUGAUCACCAACAGGGGGGAAAGUUUUGCGGAACGGUCGAAGGAGGGCUACAAGUCACCUUAUGACCUCCCAGACGACCUUUCUCGGCCCCGAAGGGCCGUCCCCAGGCCAUUAUCGAAGGCACCUAGCAUGCCUGUCAUGGCUCCACCACCGUCCACAGACAAUAGCGUUGCCCAGCGUCCUCCAACUGCUUCUGCCAUGUCAAGCUCAGCCGUGCCAGCUCCCCCUCCUAUGGUUACACCUCCCAGGUCAGCUGCCGGUGCCCCUUCCAGUAUGCCACCACCUGCUCCGAAGAACUUCUACGAGGAUCUGCCACCGCCAAAGCCUAGGCAAUCCAGCGCUGGACGUUAUACUCCGAACCACCAUCAGGCUGCAAUAACUGGGCAGCCAGUCAUGUCCCCACCCAAAAGCUCAUACGCGCCUGCCGCGCCACCUGCUCCGCAAGCAAGUGAACUCCCGGCACAGUCUUCGUUGCAGCCGCCUGAACAAUUGGAUCCGUAUACGAACACAUUGGCUUCAAGUGCUCCCGCGGGGCCUAGUCUUGCUUCAAGAUAUUCGCCUCAGCCGCCUGGCUUGCAGCCACCGAAAAAGGCUCCUUCCUUGCCGAGAUAUUCCCCGGCGCCCCCAGCGCCUGGUGCAGCUGGUCGCAAUCGUUAUGUCUCUCAACCCUUGAAUGUUCCCGGCCACAAUACUUCUCUGCCGUUUCAACCACGCACUUCGAGCCCACUUGCCCAUCACGAAAAGACCUCGUACCAGCCGCAAGGGACUCAGCAGCCCCCAUCACUUGAACCAUCUGUCACUCUUUCUCCUCCUAGGACACAGCAAGGACGUACCCAAACAACACCGCCGCCAGCUGGCUACUCUAACGUCCCUGGUCAAGAGAGUGCAGCAUCAACCAUGGACCAACAGCAGGGCACUCCACCUAGGAAUAGAUAUGCGCCGCAGGAGUACAUCAACGAAUUUGCCAAGCGCGUCGCGCCGCCGACCAGUUAUGCUCCCGCCGUUCCGACCCCAGCAACUCAAACCUCCCUGCCUCCAGCUGGUGAUGAGCCAUUGUCUCCUAUGCGUCGGUCUCAAACUCAGUCUCCGGGUCAGCAAAUGGCGGCUGGGCCUCGGCUGUCUGUUCCGACUACUUUUGACCCUCAGCAACGGUCAGCUUCCGUGCAUGCCGGAUCGCCAACCAAAGCCGUGAAUCCAUAUGCACCCUCGCAAGCCCGCAACCGCGGCCUCUCUCAGCAUCUGGAGUUCAUUGCUCCCAGCGAUGGACAAGAACAGGAUCCACUUCAACGAUGGAAGGGUGCCCCUGUUUUCAAAUUUGGGUUUGGAGGUGCCGUGGUCUCCUGCUUCCCCAAGCAUAUUCCUCGGUACUCUGCCGGUCAAUCAACGCCAAUGAUCAUGCCCUCUCUUGGAGAUCCGAAGGUAUCUCGAGUAAAUCAACUGAUCUCUGCGGCGGAUAGCAUUGUUCAGCACCCUGGCCCCCUCAAGGCCAAGUCAAAGAAGAAGGAUCUUGUUACCUGGCUUGCGAGCAAGAUUGCAGCCUUUGAGAAUGAAGGGAUUCCUGGGUUUGGCCAGCCACACCCUGAUGACCAGAAGCGCCACGAGGAAAAGAUCUUGCUUUGGAAGGUCACCAAGAUCUUGGUGGAGAAUGAUGGCGUUUUGGAAGGCCCCCCCACUGUACAGCAGAGUCUACGCCAGGCUAUCUUCCCGCACCUCCAGGCGUCGGAAGCUGAGGGCUCGUAUGGGAAUUCGGUUGCUUCAUCGGGCGGAUUCAAGCCCAUUGAGAUGCCGUCUCAGUCCGACGCUUCUGGAUCCCAGUGGGGCGAGGAACUUCGCCAAAAACUGGUUAUGGGUGAUCGAGAGAAUGCCGUGUGGAGUGCAGUGGACCGCCGCCUUUGGGGACAUGCAUUGAUCGUUGCGUCCACGUUGGAUCGAUCGAUCUGGAAGCAGGUCGCCCAAGAGUUUGUUCGGCGCGAAGUGAGAUCUGCGACUGGCAACACCGAGUCCAUUGCAGCCCUUUACGACAUCUUCGCUGGAAAUGUUGAAGAGAGUGUUGAUGAACUUGUGCCGCCGUCUGCCCGCGCUGGUUUCCAUUUGAUCAGUAAAACGGACGGUCAAGGUGCUGCCCGGAAUGUUCUUGACGGCCUUGAUAGCUGGAGAGAUACCCUGGGGUUGGUUUUGGCCAACCGCAGCUCCGAAGACCAUCAGGCAUUGCUGGCUCUUGGCAAUCUGCUCGCAUCGUACGGCCGAACGGAGGCUGCCCAUGCUUGUUUCAUCUUCUCUCGUGCUGCUGUAUUUGGUGGCGUGGAUGAUCCGCAGGCCCACAUUGUGCUUCUUGGCGCUGACCACAAGCGUUGCCCGUCGUCCUUGUUGGACGAAGACUCCAUUCUUCUGACCGAGGCGUACGAGUUCGCUACAUCUGUCCUCGCCAACUCACCGACAGCCAGCCUGCCGCAUUUCCUGGCAUUUAAGCUUGUGCACGCGAAGUGUCUUGCUGAUCGAGGUUGCAAGUCAGAGGCGCAGAACUACUGCGACACGGUGGCCGCAUCAUUGAAAGCAACCACUCGUCCCUCGCCAUACUACCACCAGUACUUGUUCAUGGAGGUGGAUGAGCUCUCCGCACAGCUUCGGCAAGCCCCAGGCGAUGGUGGCUCUUCGUGGAUUUCGAAGCCUAGUAUGGAGAAGGUCUCCGGGUCCAUGUGGGCCCGCUUCAACAGUUUUGUUGCAGGAGAUGACAGCGAUGCGGUGUCGACAGGCUCGGGAAAGGGCGGCGAGGCAGCAGAUUUCGGACCUUUUGCCAACGUCGCUGGAACUCCAACUGUCAGCCGCUCACCCUCUGUGACUGACCUCUAUGGCUCUUAUCCUGGAUCUGGAACACAGCCGAUCCCGGCCGCUGCCCCGUCGAAAUAUCACCCUUCGAACCAGUACGCGCCGAAUGCCUCUCCCGAACAAUUUCGAGGUCGGGGAUCCUUCGACUCGCAGAGAUCUGCCCCGCAAGGAGUGCCGUUCCCACCACGUCGAAGCUCCCAGGAACCGUCGCCUCCGGUAGAUUCCCACAUGUACCAGGGGGCGCCCAUGUACGGUUCCUCCCCGUCAAUUCCUGGUUAUCAGUCAACGCCGCCUCAAACGUCCUACGUGCCUCUCGCUCCGGUCGAAGAGGACUUGAGUGCCCAAUCACCAACGGUUGCGGCUUCUUCAACGCAACCUCCUGUCAACGGCCUGUUUUACCAGCCGCCGGGUCAGGACGCAGCUUCAGCUGAGGUGUCUCCCUACUACCAGGGACCAUCCGACAUGCCACAAUCCGAGAGCCCUGCUUAUUCGCCUCCCUCGACGACCAACGCAUAUGAGCCCCCUGGACUUAGUACAGGCCCGCCCUCCGCACCCCAGGAGGAUGCAGAAGAGCCUUCUCCUGAAGCUAAUCCAAAGAAGAAGACUUUUAUGGACGAUGACGGAGAUGAUGAGCUUCUAGCGAAAGCCGCUGCCCUCAAAAAGUCAGAAAAUGAUCGCAAAGCAGACGAGGCGUUUAGAAAGGCGGCUGAAGAAGAUGCCAAGAAAGCGGGCCAACAGCCUGCGAAGAAGGGAUGGUUCGGCGGCUGGUUUGGUGGAGGUGGUGGCAAGGAAGCAGACAACGCUGGCGGCGGCCCUAUCAGAGCGAAGCUCGGCGAAGAGAACUCGUUCUACUAUGAUAAGGAGCUGAAGAAAUGGGUCAACAAGAAAGAUCCCAACAGCAGCGCUGCUGUCCGCGCCACCCCGCCUCCUCCUAAAGCUUCUGCUCCUCCCAGCCGAACUGCAAGCUCCGGCAGCAUGCCCUCGAUCAAUGGGCCGCCUCCAGUGAUGCCCUCAGGUCCUAAUACUCGGCCUCCGUCCUCCUCCAGUGCAGCCCCGCCUCCUUCUGCCAGCCCUGCGCUGUCUGGUCUAAAUGUGCCCGCGCCGGGCCUGGGCCAAAUGCCACGAUCCGUCUCCUCCAAUGCAACUGUUCCAGUACCCCCUGGGUCCUCCUCGGUUGGACCGCCUCGACCUACCGGGUCUCUGACCCAUGCGCAAUCCAUCGAUGACCUGCUAGGCGCUCCUGCCGCGCGCAAGGGAAACACUGUCCGAGGCAAAAAGAAGGGCCGCUACGUCGAUGUCAUGGCGCAGUGA